UGUGGUCUAUCUUGUUUGUGGUUGGCUGCCAUAGUCGUUCUUGGUUUUCGUCAUCAAUUUGCGAUUUAUGAUAUCAAUUUCAUGAACCUGAAUUUCGUCGAUUCAGUCCCGUGAUUGUUUUAAUGAAGUGAUAAAUAAUAUUGGUGAUGUUGGCCUUAGGCUUGUUUUCAUUUCGUAAAAAAACUUUGUAUGAACAUACGUUCGCCGUAGCAAUCCGUCAAAAAUCGAGAAAGCUUCAAACGUGUUUGAAGCUUUCGGCUACGCUUUAAAUGGAACUAUGAACCUGGACCCUUUAACUUUUAGCUUAUCUCAAAUAAAGUUUCUCGUUACAAAUCUAACGAAGAAAAACUUCAAGCAGACAAGCCAAGAAUUAACUCAGCUCGUCAGCCUACAUGGAUUGGAAGCCGAGAACCAGCUACUGAGGUGUCUGUUUACUGAGGCAGCAAAGACAUCCUGGGACACUGACCGCUUCGGGAGUACCAGUGGCAUCACUGUCCACUCCUCUCUCUUGGCACAGUACUUGGCAUCAUUGUUGAACCAUCCAGCUCGGUCCACUGUAGUCUGCCGAGCCGUUGACCAACCAGCCCGCUCCCUACAGAAGAUAUUGAAACCUUCCAACACCCUAUUGAACCGACUGUCGAGACUACUGAAGUUGACAACAGCUGAAGAUGUUGCCUUCUCGUUGGUAUUGAGGACCUCUUCGAAGCCGGAGUUCGCAAACCUCACGAAGCAACAUUUGAAGCGGCGAUUUCUAGACCUCGUGCAGUGCUAUCUCGAUGCCGAUCAAUCGGAUCGCGCCGGCCUCCAAGAAUGCAGUCCUGAAGUAUUGCAGAUCUUGUUGAGCAGCCUCGCGCUCGAGAACUUUCGACUCGCACCCGUGACCAAGGACUUAUUCCUCAAGCGGUUGAGGGCAGAUUUCCCCCGCGAAGUCGUGCCCAUCAUACUCGCCCCCCUACUGUACCCCGACGACACCCAGUCGCCCCUGGAGGAGAUGACCACAGCUGACGACAUGACCACCGCAAUGAUGGACAACUCGUUGGCCGACAUCAUCCGCGACAUCGGAUACGCCUUCACCUCAUCGGUGGAGGAGUGCAAGAAUAGCAUGUUGAACUUUGGAGCCAGAGAGCCAACUGCUAUCGAUGUAGCCAGGAUCAUCUCCAUGAUGGUCCGGUACCACGCCCUCAUGCCGGACACGACCCAGCUGCAAACACCCGGUAAUUUCUGGAUGAGUCAUGAUCAGAAGAAGGAUGGAAGUAUUCAUGGUCAUGGCGGUGAAACUUGGAAUGCUGAAGUGUUUGUACAGACACUGAAGGAGUUGGCCUCUAACCUGAAUUGGAAAGAAGUCAUCCUUCAACUGGAUCACCCCGAAUGUAUCAUACCGGACAGACAAGGACUAAGUCUGCUCUUUACCAUCCUCAGACUUGGACUCCAAAGUGCUGGUUACCCAGCCAACAUAUUCCCCGUUGAAUAUCUAUGUCGACGGUGGACAAAUCUAGAAGGACAGAUGAGUUUGAUUAGUUUGAUACUGAAAUAUCCUGAGAUUUUCAGUUUCGCUGAUCAUCCAUUCCACCCCGUGUCAAUUGACAUACUGAAGUCACCACCUGAAACAGACAACAAGGAAAUAGCGACUUGGAGGUGUUUGUAUCUUGUUGAGCUCCUCCUGUAUGCAGCAGAGAGAGGCUACUACAUGCAAGUGCAUGAGCUAUUCAAGUUCCCGUUGCAGCACUGCCCUGACGUCCUACUACUGGCCCUGCUGCAAAUCAGUCCCCCAAUGACUGUCUUCAGACAAGAACUGCUCACUACACUUAUACCUAUAUUCCUAGGAAACCAUCCAAACUCUGGCAUCAUCCUGCAUCACGCCUGGCACACGCAGAACCCUAACAUCAAGCCGAUCAUCAUGCACGCUAUGGCAGACUGGUAUAUUCGUGGUGAGAGUGACCAAUCUAAAUUGUCUAGAAUAUUGGAUGUAGCACAAGAUCUCAAGGCCCUGUCGCUAUUGCUGAACGUGCAGUCUUUCCCGUUCGUCAUCGAUCUGGCGUGCCUCGCCUCCAGAAGAGAGUAUCUGAAGCUGGACAAGUGGUUGACAGACAAGAUACGAGACCACGGAGAGACGUUCGUGUCUGCGAUGGUGAAAUUCCUACAAAGAAGAUGUCCUCCUGUCAUAGGAAAGAUUCCUGAAGAGCAACUGCCGAAAGCGGCGCAACUCCCUCCCGAGACCAUCACCACGAUGAUGGCGUGCCUGCAGCUGUGCGCGCAGAACGUGCAGCCCGAGCUGCAGGACGCCAUCUACUCCGUCAUGGCCAACUGCCAGACCCUCAUCCUGACCAAGACUCGCCAGACCAUCGCCGGCAUGCCGCGCCCGCACCGCGUGCUCGAGACACCGUUCAACCCGCUGUUCACGCCUCACACAGUGGACCCUAUAUCGAGCUUGACGCCGAACGUGGCGAAUAUGAACCUGGGUGCGCCCGCGCAGACGGCCUUCGCCAUGCCGGGCACGCUGGGCCCGCUGGUGACGACGCCGGGCUCGCCGUCGCGCCUCAUGGGCGCCGGGCCCAACAGCCCCUUCGCCAUGAUCCCGCUUCAGCAGAACGUGCCCAACAUCGGCGCCCUCACUCGCAUGCCGCCCGCGCAGCCGCUGGACAAGCCGCGCCUGCAGGACCCCAUCAACUUCCCCGAGAUGAUGCACAACGUCUCCAAGGAGAUCGAGGACGAGGCAAACGGCUACUUCCAGAGGAUCUACAACCACCCGCCGCACCCCACGCUGUCCAUCGACGAGGUGCUCGACAUGCUCAAGAAGUUCCAGGACUCGCCCAACAAGAGGGAACGCGAGGUCUAUACUUGUAUGCUUCGUAAUCUCUUCGAGGAAUACAAGUUCUUCCCUCAGUAUCCUGAUAAGGAAUUGCAUAUUACUGCGCAACUCUUUGGAGGUAUCAUAGAGAAAGGACUAGUGCCGAGCUACGUGUCGCUAGGCCUCGCUUUGAGAUUCGUACUUGAAGCUCUAAGGAAACCCGAAGGAUCUAAGAUGUACUAUUUCGGUAUAGCCGCACUGGAUCGUUUUAAAUCCCGCCUCAAAGACUACCACAAAUAUUGCGAGCACGUCAGGGCUAUACCGCAUUUCAAUGAAUUCCCUCCCCACCUGAUUGAGUACAUUGAAUAUGGAUUGCAAAGUCAGGAGCCUCCAACGAAGCCUCAAGGGGCUGUUCUGCCAACAAGUCUCGCUGCCAUCCUCAAUCAGUCUGCGGUGGCGACCGUCUCCGCUCCUUACAGGGCUGCGGUGUGCGCGCCAUCAUCCAUCUCCGUGAUGUCGAAGGUGUCGAGCGGCGGCGGCGGGCUCGGCUCGCGACCCUCCAUCGCCAACGCCACCAACAUCGACACCCUGCUCACCGCCACCGGGGAGGACAAGAUCACCGCGCCCCCAGAGGCCAUCCAGGACAAGACCGCCUUCAUCUUCAACAACCUCAGCCAACUCAACCUGCAGACGAAGUGCGAGGAACUCAAGGAAAUCAUCACCGAAGAAUACUUCCCCUGGCUGUCACAGUACUUGGUCAUGAAGAGGGCCUCCAUAGAGCUCAAUUUCCAUGCCUUGUAUUCCAACUUCCUCGAUGUGCUGAAAAUCAGGGAGAUCAACAAAAUGGUUACGAAAGAAACGUACCGCAACAUCAAAGUGUUACUGCGAUCCGACAAGGGCAUCGCCAACUUCUCGGACCGAUCCCUGCUCAAGAACCUGGGCCACUGGCUCGGCAUGCUGACGCUGGCGCGCAGCGAGCCCAUUCUGCACAUCGAUAUCGAUCUCAAAGCACUGGUUCUCGAAGCCUAUCAUAAGGGGCAACAAGAGCUCCUGUAUGUAGUUCCUUUCGUUGCGAAGGUCCUGGAAUCCUGUGCUAAAAGCAUUGUCUUCAAGCCACCCAACCCGUGGACAAUGGCACUGAUGAAUGUAUUGGCCGAGCUACAUCAGGAGCCCGACCUCAAACUUAAUCUUAAGUUCGAGAUCGAAGUGCUUUGCAAGAACCUCAACUUGGAUAUCACUGACUUGAAGCCAGCGAUUUACUUGAAAGACCCGGAACGGCUGAGGCAGAUAGAGUUCCAACUGUCACAGCCGAAGCAUAAGGCGGCGGCGGCGGCGGCGGCUGCAGCGGCUGCGGCGGCGGCGGCGGAGGCGGCGGCGGCGGGCGGCAUGCAGGGCGCGCCGCCGGCCCCGCCGCAGCAGCUCAUGAUGGAGGAGCUGCCCCCGCCCGCGCCGCCCACCCCCGGCCUGCCCCCGCCCGACCCCGCGCUGUGCGGCGUCGUGGGCCUGCCCGAGCCGCGCUUCAACUACCUCGACGUCAACGUCUCCUCCACCUCCGCCUUCGGACAGAAGAUCUGCUUCAACCCGCACAUCAUCCUGUUCCAAAACUACCCGCACCUCAAGCAGUUCGUGAAGCAGGCGAUCGAGCGCUCCAUCCAGGAGUGGAUCCACCCGGUGGUGGACCGCUCCAUCAAGUACGCGCUCACGACGUGCGAGCAGAUCAUCCGCAAGGACUUCGCGCUGGACCCGGACGAGGUGCGCAUGCGCACGUGCGCGCACCACAUGAUGCGCAACCUCACCGCCGGCAUGGCCAUGAUCACGUGCCGCGAGCAGAUCAUCACCACCAUCAGCACCAACCUCAAGACGGCCUUCCUGUCGGCGCUGCUGCCCGCCACGCCCCAGCAGAAGGAGAUCGUGGAGUCGGCGGCGGCCGUGCUGGCCACGGAGAACAUGGAGCUGGCCUGCGCGUUCAUCCAGAAGACGGCCGUGGAGAAGGCUCUGCCGGAGCUGGACAAGCGGCUCAUGAACGAGUACGAGAUGCGCAAGCUGGCGCGCCAGGAGGGCCGGCGCUACUACGACCAGAUGCUGACGUACCAGACGGAGCGCAUCCCCGAGCGAGUGCGCCUGCGCGCCGGCGGCCCGUCCGACAGCCAGAUCACAGUGUACGAGGAGUUCGCAUGCAACAUCCCCGGCUUCGUGCCCGUGCGCGACGCCGGCAUGUUCAUCCCCAAACCCGCCGUGCAGGAACCCAUGCCGCAACUCACCUUCAGCCAGGUGAUGAACGCCGCGCAGAUGUACGGCAACGACGAGAUGACGGGCCUCAUCACGGCCGCCGAGCUGUUCUUGGCUAACACCAUCGGGUCGGCCGCGCUGGCUGUGCAGGCCGCCAACAUGCACUCGCUGCUCGAGUGCCUCGUCAUGGCCAGGCGCAACCACGACAUCGUGUCCGGAUGCACACUGCUGCAGAAGGCUGUAGAAGGUCUGUUGGACGGGCACGUAGUGCAACCAGGCGCCAGCAGCGAGCAUCUCGAGAUGAUGACCAGAUACAGAGACAUCCACAUUCGCGUCCUCAAGCUGUUAGAGGACGCCCGCGUCUACGGACAGGUCUGGACGGUCAAACAGAUCACCUGCUGCCUCACGGAAUGCAGGGAAGAACUGAGAUACAAUUUGGAGGCAGUCGACUGCCUUAUCAGGAACCAUCUUUGCAAUUUGAGACAGUACGACAUCGCGCUCGCGCACAUGAUGGACAAUGGCAACAACUACAUGGCGGUCGCUUUCGCCAUGCAACUAGUCCAGCUAUACUUGGUCGACGACAGGAACAACAUUUACGCCAACGAGUCUGACUUCUACCACACGACCGACAUGUUGAUCCGCAUCACGUCGCACUCGAGACAGCCGCCGCCAGAGGGGUUGGCCGCGCUCAUUGAGAUGCUGCGAAUGAACCAGGACCCAAGCGCGUACCUUGGGGAACGCUCGCCUCUGGGCCCCACCGCUCACAUCCAUUCCGGCAUCUUGCAAGUUCGGGCCCGCGACUACGACGACCCUCCCGGCCUGCAAGAGAAGACCGAGAACUUGCUCCGCGAGUGGCGCAGCGUCCUGCUCAGCCCGCUCACCGAGAUCGAGAUUGCACAGAAUUUCAACCUCUAUGUUCACCGCAUGAACAUGAAUGGGAUAUUGAAAUCCGACGACAUGAUCACCCGUUUCUUCCGCAUCGCGACACAGAUGUGCAUUGAGAACGUUUACCAGCAGUUGAGUGAGGAGAGAUUGAACGCGCCGCCCGCGCCCCCUAAAAGGGAGAAGUACUAUGGCAUGUGCGAUUCGUUCAUCAAGUUGGUAUCGCUCUUGAUCAAGAACACUGGCGACGGCGGCAACCCGACGCCUAAACUCAAUCUGUUGAAUAAGAUACUGGGCAUCGUCGCGGGGUGUCUCCUUCAGGAUCACGAGGAGCAUAGCACCAACUUCCAGCAGCUGCCCUACCACCGAGUGCUGCUCAUUCUCUUCCUCGACAUGAACAUGGCCGAGCCUGUCUUAGAAUCUAUGAAUUUCCAGGUUCUAACUGCAUUCUGUCACACGCUGCGCAUCAUCCGUCCGAACAUCGCGCCGGGCUUCUGCUACGCGUGGCUCGAGCUGGUCGCGCACCGCGCCUUCAUCAACCGCGUGCUCGCCGUCACGCCACAGCAGAAGGGCUGGGGCAUGUACUCGACGCUCCUGAUUGACCUGUUCAAGUUCCUGGACCCGUUCCUGCGCAACACAGAGCUGGCCGGCCCGGUCAUGGUCCUGUACAAGGGCACCCUCAAAGUGCUCCUAGUACUCCUCCAUGACUUCCCCGAGUUCCUCUGUGACUACCACUACGGGUUCUGCGAUGAGAUUCCGCCGAACUGCAUCCAAAUGAGGAACCUCAUUCUGUCUGCGUUCCCGAGGAAUAUGCGGCUGCCUGACCCGUUCACUCCGAACCUGAAGGUGGACUUGCUGGCUGAGAUCACGCUGCCGCCUCGUGCUGUUAUUAACUAUGCCACGCUGAUCCCGUCGCCGCAGUUCAAGAAGGAUCUUGACGCGUAUCUGAAGGCUCGCGCGCCCGUUACUUUCCUCUCUGAACUGAGGAGCAACAUGCAGGUGCUGAACGACCCGGGCCGCCGCUACAACUCGCAGCUCAUGAACGCGGUGGUGCUGUACGUGGGCACGCAGGCCAUCGCCCACAUCCGCUCCAAGGGGCAGACGCCCAACAUGAGCACCAUCGCGCAUUCCGCCCACAUGGAUAUCUUCCAGAACUUUACUGUUGACUUCGACUAUGAGGGCAGAUAUCUAUUCCUGAACGCGAUCGCCAACCAGCUCCGCUAUCCGAACAGCCACACGCACUACUUCAGCUGUUGCCUCCUGUACCUAUUCGCUGAGGCCAACUCCGAGGCUGUACAGGAGCAGAUCACGAGGAUGCUUCUGGAGCGGCUGAUUGUGAACCGCCCGCACCCGUGGGGCCUUCUCAUCACGUUCAUCGAGCUGAUCAAGAACCCGAUUUACAAGUUCUGGUCGCACGACUUCGUGCAUUGCGCGCCUGAGAUCGAGAAGCUAUUCGCAUCCGUGGCGCGUUCCUGCAUCGUCGACAAGAGCGGUGCGGGAGGGGGAGAGCGGGAGAUGGUUGAGUAGCGUCGCGCCAACUGGGAGUCCAACCGGCAUAGAAACCUUUUUAAAGGCUAUGCCGACAAGGGCUUCCCCCCACCCAACCAGCAGACUGACCCAUCACAGCCUUCUACAUCAUCAGCACAACCCAAGGGCACGACUUUACAGUGGAACAAGCUGUUUAAGAAGUAGGUGCCCUUGGUAAGCGUGAUGCUCACUACGUCGCCGGUUCUCCCCAUUACUCUAUCACUGAACACUUUCAUGUGCACAUUAUUUACAGUUUUAUUUUUCAAACGAUCGCUCGCGUUGUGUAUUAUAAGUGAGUGCGGACUGUUUACCGUCUAAAACUUGCAAGUGUGGUGACAAUGAAUUUAAUAUAAGAGCCACAAUAAAGUAGGUUAUAAAGUGGACUAUAAUGUACUAUUAUUACAUCAUAUUUAUAUAAUAAACUCCAUUUAAAUAUACUUUUAUUCGAUCUAAGGUAAGGCCGUACAUUUUGGCGGGAUGUGACAUAGCCACAGCUUAUUUUUUCGCGUUUGUAAACUGACCUCUCUGGCUUCUUGUCAGUUUACAAACGGAAAUUAUAUCUGUAAGCUAAAACACUGAUAAGAGCGGAAUUUAAGAAAACAAUACAAAUUCCGUUUAAAACAAGAAGUAACUACGUUUUUUUUAUCCAUUGUAAUUUUAGUAAAUUCCUGGAUAAAUAACUUCCAAUUAUGGCGAUGAACUAUUAAAAAUGACCAAAGCCCUAUAGGUGCAUUAAUUAAUUUUAAAUUAUGAUACAAUUGCAAAUAAUUUUAUUUUAGAUCCGUUGCAAAAUCUACCGCCUUACCUUCAAGUGUAAUAUUAUAGGACUAUGUGAUUGGCUAAGUACAUAAACAUUAAUUUGUGUAUACGUAGUAAUUACAUUUAUAUCUGUAUAUUGACAAAAUAUUAAUUGUACUUUAAUAGUAUGCAUUCCGGCAUGCACUGUGUAACACGUUCUUGUGGAGCUUUGUGUAAAGAUAUAAUAAGUAACGAUGUCUUUUGUUUAUUCAUUUGCAGUAUUAUGCGAUUAGUGCUGACAUGUUAGUAGUUGUAAGAGUUCUGUCUGCCCUUGGGUGCAACAUCCUGAGAGUUGGUCGAUUACACGAUGGUAAUAAAUAAUAAAUGUAGUUUUAAAGUUAUGAUUAUAUUAUGAUAAAUGGUUACAAUAGUGUAAUUAGUUAAGUCUUGGAAUUACACAUUUAAUGUUACAGUGUAUAGUUGAUUAGAUGUAAUUUUUGAGUGUACUUUAACGAUGAUUAGAUAUAAAGAUGAUUACCUAUAAGGAUGAUUAAUACAUACAUGUACUCCCCUUUUCUAAAUUUGUGUUUAAAUAAAUAAUUUUUCAUUUA